AUGCAAAGGUGUUCCCUUAUGAACCUGGGGGCACUGGGGGCUUAUCAAAAGCAGCCUGUCAUUGUAGGUUUUGAGCAGCUACACUGGAAGCGUAUACUGUAGAUCGCGCCAGCAGAGUGCAAGCCACUCCAGCAAGUGGUCUUGGGUGCGAACUACACAACACAUUCUUGAAACUCGAACCAGAGAGUAAUUUUACGCUUCAGACCCACCCUGCCAGUGUAGCAGGUUUAAUUGACAACAAUGGGAGCGGGUCACUCGCUGCUCAUGCCCGGCCUAAAUAA